UGCGCGCGCGACGCGCUAGUCCAACUACCAAAAAUUACACGCACGACAUAUCCACGAGGGAUAGUCACAGGCCGAGCUCAUCCAGCCGCAGUGCAAUGGCCGGCCCGGGCCUGGGGCAACCGCCUUCUUGAUCACGGUACACCCUGCGCAAGGUGCUGGAGUGGUGCAAGUGCGGCUCCGGCACUCUGUCGGCGCUGCCCACUGUGCUAUGGGCGGCGGGCGCUGCGACUCUUGCCCGGCGCCUUCUAGUCAUAUUGUUUAGGCGCAGCAUGUUCCGGCGCGCGCCUUACUGGGAGUUGGCCCUGCAGCACCUACUGUUCGUGUGGAUGGUGAUCUACAGCGUGCACUUCUGGGUGGUGCUGGUGCGGCUGGUGAAGCUGCUGGUCGACGUCGCUUACGACGAAACCAUGGCAGCACUAUACGAGCCGGAGCAGUUCCGGAGCCCCCGCAACAAGUACGUGCUGGAGCAGUGCGCCGUGUGGUGCGUCAGCGCGGUGCCGCUCGCCGCCUGCGUGCGCGCCCGGCGCCGCCCAAGGCCGCCGCCGCUCAUGAUCUGGAUAACGACGUCCCCCUGGCAGCGGCGCGAGAUGGGCCCGCACGGGUACUACCUGCAGCGGCCGGCGCCGCCCCCCGCGCCCCCCGCCGCGCAGCUCCGCACCCCGCGCCGCGCCUUCUCCGCCCCGCAGCUGGCCCAGCACCACAACACUCGCAAACACUCCAAGUCUAUCUGAUUCGGAAUAUAUCUACUGUUACAACCAA